UCCCGCUGUGAUGCAGAAGGGAAUUUGCGGACAGUCCCUUGCCAGGUGGGGCUGGUUUCGCCCGGCCAGAGAGGAGGAGGACCGGCUGGCAGUCUCCUCCCAGAGCUUUGGAGGAGCCACUGUUGUGGUCAGGAAUUAAGCAGGGACACAGCCGGGACGCUUGAAAUCACCUGAGGACUGAUUAAGAGAAGGGAGGGCCAGUGACAGCGUAUCUGCCUGAGUCCCAGACCUCACCGGCUGCUCCAGCAACGCCGUAGCUGAGUGGGGCCUCCAGGCCUGAGGAAACCCUUUGCAGGAGAACUGACUCAGGGAGCCUCCCAGGAUGGCUGUCUCGCCGGGGAACCUGAAUGUGGUGGAAAAGGGACAGAACUUUUCGGCGGGUGACUGCUUCCAAUCUCAGAACACCGUCCUGCAGGGUCAGCCCUUUGGGGGGAUCCCCACUGUGCUGUGCCUCAAUGUCAUCUUGUGGGUGGUCAUCAUUUUGGUUUACUCCUUCCUCCGGAAAGCCGCGUGGGACUACGGGCGCCUGGCUCUGCUGAUCCACAACGACAGCCUGACCUCGCUGAUCUAUGGGGAACAGAGUGAGAAGACGUCUCCCUCGGAUAUUUCCCUGGAGAUGGAACAUAAGGACAAGGGCUUCUAUUCCUGGUUUUUCAACACCAUCACCAUGAAGAAUGAAGAUCUGAUUAGCAAGUGUGGAGACGAUGCCCGUAUCUACAUCACGUUCCAGUAUCAUCUCAUCGUCUUUGUGCUUAUCCUCUGCGUCCCCUCCCUGGGCAUCAUUUUGCCCAUCAACUACACUGGAAAUGUUCUGGACUGGAAUAGUCACUUUGGUCGGACCACCAUUGUCAAUGUCGCCACAGAGAGUAAGUUCCUGUGGCUGCAUAGCCUCUUCGCUUUCUUAUACUUCAUCACCAACUUCCUCUUCAUGACUCAUCACUGCCUAGGGUUUGUGCCCAAGAAGAGCUACAAGGUCACAAGGACGCUCAUGAUCACCUAUGUCCCCACGGACAUCCAAGACCCAGAAAUCAUCAUCAAGCAUUUUCAUGAGGCCUAUCCAGGGUGCGUCGUGACCAGAGUCCACUUCUGCUACGACGUCAGGACCCUGAUUGACUUGGAUAAUCAGAGGCGCCAUGCGAUGCGGGGCCGGCUCUACUACACGGCCAAGGCCAAGAAGAAGGGGAAGGUGAUGAUCAAGAUCCACCCCUGCUCCCGCCUCUGCUUCUGCAAGUGCUGGAUUUGCUUCAAAGAGGUAGAUGCAGAGCAAUAUUAUAGCGAGCUGGAGGAGCAGCUGACUGAUGAGUUCAACGCCGAGCUCAACCGCGUUCGCCUGAAGCGUCUGGACCUGAUCUUUGUCACCUUCCAGGACUCCAGGAUGACGAAGCACAUCCGGGAGGAUUACAAGUACAUCCACUGUGGUGUGCAGCCCCAACAGUCCUCGGUGACCACCAUCGUCAAAUCCUACCACUGGAGGGUUGCCCUUGCCCCACACCCCAAAGACAUUAUUUGGAAACACCUGUCCGUCCGCAGCUUCCAUUGGUGGGCCCGCUUUAUCGCAAUCAACACCUUCCUCUUCUUCCUCUUCUUCUUCCUCACCACGCCUGCCAUCAUCAUCAACACCAUCGACAUGUACAACGUCACCCGCCCCAUCGAGAAUCUGCAGAGCCCAGUUGUGACCCAGUUCUUCCCGUCCCUGAUGCUCUGGGCCUUUACGGUGAUGAUGCCUCUGAUUGUCUACCUCUCCGCCUUCCUUGAAGCCCACUGGACCAGAUCAAGUCAGAAUCUGAUCAUAGUGCACAAAUGCUACAUCUUUCUGGUGUUCAUGGUGGUCAUUCUGCCCUCUAUGGGACUGACCAGUUUGGAUGUCUUUUUCCGCUGGCUCUUUGACAUCUACUAUCUGGAACAGGCAUCCAUCAGGUUCCAGUGUGUGUUCCUGCCGGACAAUGGCGCCUUCUUCGUCAACUACGUGAUCACGUCAGCUUUGAUUGGCACCGGCAUGGAGCUGUUGCGCCUGGGGUCGCUCUGCCUGUACACCACCCGGCUCUUCUUCUCCAGGUCGGAGCCAGAGAGAGUCCACAUCCGAAUGAACCAGGCCAUGGACUUCCAGUACGGGCGCGAGUACGCGUGGAUGAUGAACGUCUUCAGCGUGGUGAUGGCGUACAGCAUCACCUGCCCCAUCAUUGUCCCUUUCGGGCUGCUGUACCUGUGCAUGAAGCACAUCACAGACCGCUACAACAUGUACUACUCCUACGCGCCCACCAAACUCAACGAGCAGAUCCACAGGGCCGCCAUCCACCAAGCCAUGUUUGCUCCGCUCCUGGGUCUGUUCUGGAUGCUCUUCUUCUCCAUCCUGCGAUUAGGGUCCCUACACGCCAUCACCUUCUUUUCUCUCUCCACCCUCGUCAUGUCCACAAUAAUUGCCUGCCUUGGCACUUGCCUGCGGAAGCUUCAGAGAACAUCUGACUAUGAGCCCGAGGAGGAAAUGGAAACUGUGUUUGACCUGGAGCCCAGCAGCACCUCCUCUACGCCAACUUCCCUUCUGUAUGUGGCCACCGUGCUGCAAGAACCGGAGAUGAACCUGACCCCAGCCUCCUCCCCCGCCCGGCACACCUACGGCACCAUGAACACACAGCCGGAAGAGGGAGAAGAGGAGAGUGGUGUGAGGGGCUUUGUGAGGGAGCUGGACUCGGCCCAGUUCCAGGAAGGGCUGGAACUAGAGGGCCAGAGCCAGUAUCACUGACCAGGACCCGAGGCCUCCACCUGGCGACUCCGGCCCCGAGUAACGGCCAGGGGAGGGCCCAGCAGCAGGAGGCAGGAGGGCGCCCUGGACCGCCCCACUACCUCCUGCAGACCUUGGGAAGGCCAACGGAGCCCCGGCUAACUCUCGGCCACGUGGAGGCCCCGACCUGCUGACCAGCUAGAACAGGAGAUGCUGGGCAGUGCAGAGGGGCCCCUGGAUGGGAUGGAGGAUACGGGCAAGCACCAUGUCUCGGGAGCCGUGGCCGGAGCCCUAAGCAGAGACUGAAGGCUGGGGGACUUUCCUGGGUCACGAUGGAGAAGGCGUGUGUAAGGAAGGAGGCAGGAAGAAGCCCACCGGAGACUCCCUGCAGUCUUCGCCACCCUUCUACCAGCUGCCCUGCCCGAGGAGCUGCGGCUGCUGCCCUUCCCCCCUGCCCUCCCGCAGCCCGUCCUCCCCCGCGGUCUGACGAAGCAAAGGUAUGUGUGCUGGGCCUCAACGGAAGACGCAGAUGGCCGCCACCUCCGGGUGUCCCUGCAUGGGGAUCUGUAAAGAGUUUCUGCAGCCUCCAGGCAGGGGCGGCUGAGCCCACAGACUUGAAGGAGUUGACCGAGCCCCUUCCUGUUCCUCUGCCCUCAUCAGAUGUCCCCAUGAGCAGCAGGGUAGAGACCUUCUCCUCCCUAUUCCUGCAAGAGCAGCUGGGACUUGGUCCCUCGGGGUUCAUGAAAUGGGACCUAUGCGCAUUUUGAUGAAGCCACCAGGGCUGAUGGCUAUAAGGUGGACGGGGCAGAGGCAGAAUUUGUCAGGCUGGGAGGUGGGGGAGGGGGCUUCUCCCAAACCAUUGAGUGAGAAACCAGACAUACCUCUCCAAGCUCCAGGGCCUAAUGAGAGGACCCCCCCUCGCCCCCCCGCCCAAGGUCAAGGAGAGCCACUGAGAGCUGCUCUGCCUCAUAGCCAUCUGAACACCUAGACCACCGGUAAGACCGAGGUGGGCGGCAGCUUCGGGUGAGAAGCCCAUGCUGUGGACCGAAGGCGCUGGCCUUUCCCGGGCCUCUGCACAGGCCCCAACUUCUCCUCCCAGGGCCGCUCAGCACUCAACUGAAGAGCAGUCAAGCAGCCUCCAGUGCCGUCCUGGCUCAGACACAGGGAUGGCCUACAGGGGGUUGGGGUGUCCUCCCUGGACAGCCCCUCCCAGGGCUGUCACUAUCUGAGGCCUGGAGGGCCCAGUACCUGAGUAGGAACAACACUGGUGACACCUAGCCCCAUUGUCACAGGCAGAGGGGUGCAGGGCUCAGCCUCUGGGACAGGCCCCCAUCAGGACCACCGGGCAGCCGGUAUGGGAAGGCACAAAGAAGGGCUGGCUGGGGCCCCAGUGGACCAGAAUGAGCCAAAUCAAAAGAGGUCUGUGUGUUCUAGAGCUUUCCAGAAGUCCCUUCUCCAAACAUCUGGGCCCCUGCAGCCAACCUGCUGAAGGCGGGCACGCAGGGUCACCUCCCUGGGUGUUUCCCAUCAACCUCCAGGCACACAGGGGCCCCUGAGCUUGGAGCACCUGGACCUCACUUUGCUCACGUCUCAGCUCCAGGAGCUCCAAGCUUGACCCCAGAGGAGAGAUAGCACUUGCAAGGCAAACAUUGCUCCCCCUGGAGAGCUCGGCCCAGACUUUGGCAUGAGGGGUCUUUUCAGAGAGCCUGGGUCAGCUGGGGUGGUUGUGGUCUCUCCUUGUCCAGGUAGGAAUAAGGAGGAAAUUCUGCCUAGCUGGUUCCUCAAAACCCAGGCCCACAGGGCCGCCGCCUCCAAGCAUUCACCAGCCAACAAGGGGAAGGGUUGGAGUUCCUGUUGUGGUUCAGUGGGUUAAGAACCUGACACAGUCU